CAGAGUGACAUCAGGAGCACCACACCCUCUCUGCAUUAUAAAUGCAGCUUGGAUGCCUUCACAAAGCCCUUUCCAAACUCACAAGGACGCUGUGGAGCUGAGCCGGUCACUGCUGCAGUAAUCAUGGCACCAGCUGGAGAAAAGAAGGGCAUUUUGGAGCGUCUGGAUGCAGGAGAGAUUGUAAUCGGAGACGGAGGCUUUGUCUUCGCCCUUGAGAAGAGGGGUUAUGUAAAAGCAGGACCGUGGACACCUGAAGCUGCAGCCGAGCACCCCGAAGCAGUGCGCCAGCUGCACAGGGAGUUCCUGAGGGCUGGCUCCAAUGUCAUGCAGACAUUCACCUUCUACGCAAGCGAUGAUAAACUGGAGAACAGGGGCCACACUCAGCAGUUCACUGGUCAGCAAAUAAACGAAGCAGCCUGCGACCUGGCCAGGGAGGUGGCCAAUGAGGGUGAUGCUCUGGUGGCAGGAGGAGUCUCUCAGACCCCCUCGUACCUCAGCUGCAAGAGCGAGGACGAAGUCAAGGCCAUCUUUAAGAAACAACUCAACGUCUUUGUCUCGAAAAAUGUGGACUUCUUGAUCGCAGAGUACUUUGAGCAUGUGGAAGAGGCUGAGUGGGCAGUUCAGGUCCUGAAGACCACCGAGAAACCUGUGGCUGCAACUCUGUGCAUCGGACCUGAAGGAGAUCUGAAUGGCGUCAGCCCUGGAGACUGUGCUGUCAGGCUCGUCAAAGCUGGAGCUCAGAUUGUGGGUGUUAACUGCCACUUUGACCCUGAGACCUGCGUGAAGACUGUGAAGCUGAUGAAGGAAGGAGUGGAGAAGGCCGGGCUGAAGGCUCACUACAUGAGCCAGCCGCUGGCUUACCACACUCCUGACUGCAACUGCCAGGGAUUCAUUGAUCUGCCCGAGUUCCCCUUCAGUCUGGAGCCGAGGAUCUUGACCAGAUGGGACAUGCAGAAAUACGCCAGGGAAGCGUACGCCGCUGGCAUUCGUUACAUCGGAGGCUGCUGCGGGUUUGAACCCUAUCACAUCCGUGCCUUGUCUGAGGAGCUGGCAACCGAGAGGGGUUUCCUGCCUGCGGGCUCAGAGAAACACGGCAACUGGGGAAGUGGUCUGGAGAUGCACACGAAGCCUUGGGUUAGAGCCAGGGCCCGUCGUGACUACUGGGAGAAGCUGAAGCCUGCCUCUGGCCGUCCCUUCUGCCCCUCGAUGGCCAAACCUGAUGGAUGGGGUGUCACCAAAGGCCACGAUGACCUGAUGCAGCAGAAGGAGGCCACCUCCCAGGAGCAGCUGAAGGCUCUCUUUGAAAAGGCCAACAAAGACCACUGAGCUCUCCUCCAAGGCAUCGGACCAGGGGAUCACAUACUCACAAGUCCCUGAAGUUUACAUACCAAAAUGCUGAAGUCUUUUGGACCAUUUUUACUCACUCUGGGAGACUAGUAUCAUAUGUUGACACUUUGAAUUAGCUUUCCAGACUUAACCAACAAUGAAUUUAAGAGUAUAUCCGCUUCUGUCAAGCCAUGUGAAAUUACUGUGACUAUGAAAAAGGGUAGCUGUGAAUGCACACAUGUUUUCAACACUCCAAAAAGUGCCUGAUGUUUUGCAGAAAAAAAGCCAAAAAUAUGACCUAUGUGUAGCAAUAAACGUCUUCUAAUUGAACCAAAA